CCUCUUCCUCUCCUACUUCAUCGUGGCCGUGUACAAGGGAACCGUGAGACCCUCGAGCCCUCCAGCUCCACCGUCUCUCUUCCUCUGUUCCCUUCUACCGUCUUCGUCAUGUCUCUAAACCGUGUCUCCUCGUUGGAGACCUUUGCUCCCCUCCUCAUAGAGAACCGAUCCAGGCGAAGCUCGGAUGCCUCGACUCGAGCUCGCAAAAUCAGCUUCAACCCUCUCCCGUCAUCAUGGGAUCCUCCAGCUUUGGAACAGAUCCAGGCCGUAGGUGCCUUUGAAGUCCCCAGGUGGAAGAGAACACUCCAAGUCGUAGUCGCCGUCAUAUACUGCCUCUUUGCCGCCGGAAUCGUUUUUGGCUAUGCCGCCAUCAAGCCCGUCCUAAAACGAGAGGGUGCCUACCGAGACGUCUGCCGCGUCGACCCCAACGACGAGGACGCCAUCGGCGAGGACACAUGCGUUGAGAUCCACCUAAACUUCAUGUUCACCGCGGCCGCCGUCGCCACCAACGUUGCUGCCCUUCCCAUUGGCGCCAUCCUCGAUCGAUAUGGUCCCCGUGUCUGCGGCCUGCUGGGAGCCUUGUGCCUCGCCAUCGGUGCCCUAUGCAUGUCCUUCGAGAACCAACUACCCUUUGACGGCCUGCUCAUCGGAUACCUCUUCCUGGCCCUCGGUGGACCCUUCACCUAUAUCUCGUCCUUCCAGCUAUCCAACGCUUUCCCCAAGAACUCUGGCCUGAUUCUCGCCCUCUUGACGGGCGCCUUCGACGCUUCCAGCGCUCUGUUUCUAGUAUACCGCAUCAUCUACGAACAGACCAACGAAACCUUUGGCCACCAGAGUUUCUUCCUCGCCUACCUGGUCGUCCCCGCCGCCAUCGCCGUCGUUCAACUCGUCCUGAUGCCGGCACAAUCCUACAAGACCGUCGGUGAACUAGUGGAGGAAAUUGAGGAGCCCAUCCCCGCCGACAUGGAACCCUACGACGACCAGAUCGACGAGGAGACUGCCUUGCUUCACGAAGAGGAGAGACAGCAUCGCGCUGAGGUGGUCUCAGGUAUCCAGGAGUUGCUCGGAACCACCAAGGCGGACAAGCAGGCCAGGAAGGAAGAGCGCAAAAAUGAGAUUUCGGGCGUGUGGGGUGUCAUGCAUGCUUAUACCGCCUGGGAGCAGAUCAAGUCACCUUGGUUUCUUCUUAUUUGCUUGUUCACCGGUACGUUUUUGUUUCCUCCCCCCUCAUCUCAUCUGAUUUCCCUACUAAUCGAGUUACACAAAGUCAUCCAAAUGACCCGCAUCAACUACUUCGUCGCCACCAUCCGCGUGCAAUACACCUACCUCCUCUCUUCCCCUGCCCUCGCCGAGCGCGUAAACGACUUUUUCGACCUCGCCCUCCCUCUCGGCGGCAUCUUAUCCAUCCCCUUCAUCGGCGCCAUCCUCGACCGCACCUCCACCCUGACCGUGUUGGUAACCCUCGUCGCAACCGCCACCACUAUCGGCAUCUUGGGAAUCAUCCCCCACUCGCUGCUCGCCGCUUACGCCAACGUCUGCCUCUUUGUCCUGUACCGUCCCUUCUACUACACCGCCGUAUCCGACUACAGCGCCAAAGUCUUUGGGUUUAGGACCUUUGGCAAAGUGUACGGGACCAUUAUUUGUCUUGCUGGUCUGUUUAAUUUCAGUCAGUCCGGUCUGGAUUACCUCUUGCAUGAGACUUUUAACGGGGAUCCGGUCCCCGUCAAUGUCGGGCUGAUGGCCGCGGGACUGUUGAUUGGUGUGGUGAUGGUCAUGUUUGUCGGGGUGCAGUCGAGGGGGAUCAAGAGGAAGUUGUUGGAGGAGGAGGCGAGAGGGGCGUUUGCUUAUGGGGGGAAUGGGACGGGUACGACGAGUACGAGGGAGUGGAGUGCGAACUGAACUGGACUGAACUGGACUGCUCUCGUCCUAUACCCAAAAGGGAGAAACAGGAAGGGAAAAAAAAAUGCAGAGAAGAUGGCGUCUCUCAAUGAAUGGAAGAAUGAAGACUUCAAUCAAGUCAAUUUGACAAGGGCUGG